ACCGGACAGAGAUUUGUAAUUUCAGGGUAGGCUCCCCAAUGAACAGAUGAUUGCGGUCAAAAGGUUGUCAAGUGGAUCCAGCCAAGGAGACACAGAGUUUAAGAAUGAAGUGCUUUUAGUGGCCAAGCUUCAGCACAGAAAUUUAGUCAGACUACUUGGUUUCUGCUUGGAAGGAAGAGAAAGGCUACUCGUCUAUGAGUUUGUUCCUAACAAAAGCCUUGAUUAUUUCAUAUUUGAUCCAGCCAAGAAAGCACUGUUGGAUUGGGCAAUGCGAUACAGAAUCAUAAAAGGUAUUAGCCGAGGGCUUCUCUACCUUCACGAAGAUUCUCUUCUGCGUAUUAUACAUCGUGAUCUCAAAGCAAGCAAUAUUCUCUUAGACGAAGAGAUGAAUCCUAAGAUAGCAGAUUUUGGCAUGGCAAGACUGGUUUUACUGGAUCAAACUCACGCAAAUACAGAUAGAGUUGUGGGAACCUAUGGAUACAUGGCACCGGAGUACAUAACGCAAGGACAAUUUUCGGUGAAGUCAGAUAUCUUUAGUUUUGGUGUACUGCUUCUUGAGAUCGUAAGUGGCCAGAAAAACAGUAGCUUUCGUCAUGGGGAGAAUGUUGAAGACCUACUGAGCUUCACAUGGAGAAACUGGAGGGAGGGAACAGCUGUAAAAAUUGUAGAUCCAUCAUUGAACAACAAUUCAGUAAAUGAAGUGAUGAGAUGCAUUCAUAUUGGUUUGCUCUGUGUUCAAGAAAACAUAACUAAUAGACCAACCAUGGCGACCGUUAUGCUCAUGCUCAGUAGCUAUUAUCUCAAUCUUCCUAUCCCUUCUGAACCUGCAUUUUAUGCCCACAGUACAACUAGAAGCCUUCCAGCCACGUAUUCAUGGGGACACAGUUCAAGGGCAACAACAAACAAAUCUGCUCAAGAGUCAGAAAAUGAGAAUUCAAUAACUGAGCUGUACCCUCGCUAGAUUUUGGUAACGGGAUUGAUAUUCGUUCACUAUCAAUACUUAGACUACGUAAAUAC